ACAGCAGAAUGAACUUUCUCUCCAAUGGUAGCGAGGAGAGGAGGGAAUAGCCGCUCUCACUAAAUCCACUGCAGAGGAAAGGGACCAGGAGGCAGCAGAGUGCAGGAGAAGCUUCUGCUGCAGGGACAUACGCCGGAGCGCAGCUCAUCCGGGGAAUAUCAGGAGUGACUGCAGGACAGGGGGACCCCCAAAACAGGACAAGGGGCCUUUCAUUCCAGCAGGGGGAGUGUAAAGAGCGCAGAGCCCCUCCGGGACAUUGCGACAAAGAGGGGACCAGGAUCUGAUCAGGAUGGAUGGAUAUGACACCUUACUUUUGUCUCUGCUCCUCGCCACGCUGCAUCCCAGUUUCGCAGCUCACUUUGCACAGCAGCCGUCGGAUCAGGUGGUCGUCGCCGGCAAGUCAGUGACUCUUCCCUGCAUUGUGUCUGGUUACCGAGGGACGGUGCAAUGGACGAUGGAUGGUUUGGCGCUGGGGGCGGAGCGAGAUCUUCCAGGUUGGUCUCGUUACUCCAUCGUUGGAGAUCCGGGUUCGGGGGAACACAACCUGCACAUCGAGAACGUGGAACUCAGCGAUGACGCCAUCUAUGAAUGCCAAGCGACCCAGGCGGCCCUGAGGUCACAGCGGGCGCACCUGUCCGUUCUGGUUCCUCCCGGAGACCCUUUGAUCCGCGGCGCUCCCGUACUCAACGUGUUGCUGGACACCCCCUUUAACCUCACCUGUUUGGCUCCCGCUGCAAAACCGGCGGCUGAGAUCAUUUGGUACCACGACGGCAGGCAACUGAACGGAGCAAGUUACUCCAAGCACUUGCAAUCGGACGGCAAGAGCGAGGACGCCAUCAGCAGUGUCCUCAUUACACCAAGCUUUGCUGAUGCAGGAUCCAGCUACAUGUGCCACGCCAGGAACUCCGCCAUGCCCGAAGGGCGGGAAAGAUCGGUCAAGUUGAGCGUGCAAUAUCCCCCCAAGGUAACGCUUUCCGUGAAUCCCCCAACCGUCUCAGAAGGGGGCGCUGUGACUUUCCUGUGCAGUGCUGUGUCAAACCCGGAGGUGACAACCUAUAGGUGGGCCAAGGGCGGAGUUCCGAUUUCCGUCUCAGAAGACCGCUACCAUGUGACCGUGGACCACACCUUCUUCACCGCUCCUGUCUCCUGCGAGGUCUCCAACAGCGUUGGAAGCAGCAACGUCAGCACAGCCGUGAAUGUUCUGUUUGGGCCGCGUCUCCUGACAGAACCGCGUCCGAUGGCGGUAGACGUCGGUGGAGACGCAUCCUUUUUUUGCGGGUGGACUGGAAACCCAACACCAACCCAGUUCUGGAACAAGAAAGGCUCCACGGAGGUGCUGAGCAAUGGCAACACCCUAUCGCUGAACAAGGUGACCCGGGAAGAUGCAGGAACCUACGUGUGCAAGGCCAUCGUCCCGCGUAUUGGAACCAUGGAGAAAGAAGUGACUCUGACCGUGAGAGGGCCACCUGUCAUCAGCAGUGGAACGAGCUAUGAAAGUGUCCUUGGAGGGAAAGCGCGGCUGGAAUGUCUUGUUGAAACCACACCGAUACCGGACAGAAUUGUCUGGACGUGGGACAAGCACAGUCUGGACGAAGGUUCUUCGGGGCGCUUCUCGGUGGAGACGCGAGUGACAACCAACGACGCCGUCUCUUUCCUUAUUAUUGACGGGACGGAGCCUUCCGAUUAUACGACGCAGUACAACUGCACCGCCAUCAAUCAGUUUGGCGAGGAUUCCUUGAUCAUCUCCCUGAGAGAGGAAGCUACUUUGCCUCUGAUGCUCCUGCUGAUCGCUUUGGGUUUGGGGACGCUCUGCCUCUUUGUGAUGGUGACCAUCUGCGUUCUUUGCUGUCGGCGACCACGGAAAGAGGUAAAGGACACACAGAUACUCGCCGUCGAGGUUUCGGGGAGUGAACAUAGCGACAGACACCCGAGCGACUCUGAAGAAGACCUCAAAGAACCAUUGCACACCGAUACAGAAUCUCAACGAACGUCACAGACGGAACACAGCGACAUCCCCGAUGACUCUCAGGACCCAACAAAUGGCUACUACAAAGUCCGAGCCCAUGAUGACUCCCGCCCAACCACAGUUGCCUAUCCAGAGUUUUCCUCACCUCCUCGGCCUCUAUAUUCUGCAACCACGAGUCUCAGCCCGCUCUGCCCUACUCCAUCUUUACCAGGAGCCCCAAAGCUGUAUGACUAUGCUCACCGAUACGCCACCACCCCGCGCCAAGGAAGCGAACGGAUCCACAUACCCCAAGGCCCUUGCAGCAUAUCUACGGGCCCCAGUAGCCAACCAGCACCUUACGCCAGAGCGUUCUGCAGUUACGUCCGUCCAGACCGGUUCGAAACCUUGGAAUCGGGCCCCACGCGGCUCUCCUACGCCUCACUCUCCACGCACUGUGACUACGGCCGACCAGCACAACAGCGCAUGCAAACUCACGUGUGACCUCAGUUUUUAUGGUUUCCGAAAAGCGGUUCUAAGAAGAGUCAAUUUUUUUGUUUUUUUUGGACAGCUUGACCAGUUAUGGCGUCUUUUGUCUUCCUGUUGACGUUUCGAGCCGAGGAACGUUUUUGUUUUUGAGGAACGCUCAUUGGAAAGUCAAAUGAGAAAAAGAGAACAUCUCAGAUGGAAUGAACGCUUUUCUAAAGGGAGGGGGGGGGGAAAGCCAAUACGAUUUUUUUUUUUGGUUCCAAAAAUAGAAGAAUUUAAGAAAUUGAGCGCCGACGGGAUGUCCGUUAAACCCACGACAAGCACCGAGAUUUCUAGUUAAAUGCGAAAAAAAUAUAGUAUUAAAACUUUUCUACGUCACGGAAAUCCGCAGCACUAAUAACGUAAAAAAAAAAAAAAUUAAGUGAUACUUGGGUAUUGCUAAAGUCGAAUGCCUUGAAGUUGUUGCAGAGAAACAGCGCCCCACUGUGGCUCUUACAUGUACUGCAAUUUUUCAAAUAUUUUUUGUUUUUUUUUUGUUUCUUUUUGCAAAUCUAUUUUUUAUUACAAAAUGCAAUGUAUAUAUAUAUCUCUUUAAAUGUACAUAUUUAUGAUAAGAAUAUCCUGUACAUAGGUCCACAUGAAAAAAAAAAGGCUUUCUUGAACACCGUGUGAUUGAGAGGGCGACAAGGAGAAGCUCGGGGACACUUUUAAAGGGAAUAUUUUUUUUAUUUCCUCCCUGGUCAUCGAAAAAAAAAUAAAAAAAAAAAUGGACCGCUUUAUUUAUUAACCCCUACCAUGCCAGGAUGGUACGAGGCCGCUUGUAUACUGGACUGAAAUGUUUAAAGGAAUCCUGAUGCAGGCAAUUAAUUAAUUUUAAUUUAUUCUAUGUAGUCUACAUGAGACAGAUAAUCAACCUUCUCCAGAUAAGUGCAAAUCAGUUUCUAUCUAUAUUAUCUAUCUAUCUAUUGAAUAUCUAUCUAUCCAGGGCUGGGGGUGGGCAAGAGGGAUGAGCGCCCAGGGCGCAGCUGUAGUUAGUUGUUUUCCUGGAGGUCUUAUUUCAUAACCCGACAACUCCAGGAGACUUCUGACUUUGGAGAAUGACAGUUGACCCCCCCUACCCACCAAUGAUAGUUGACCUCUACCCACCCCUUCAUGGCUGCUAACAUGGAACGAAGGGCUGAACGGAGUGGAGGUGGUCCAGCUAUUGUCAAUGCAAAUGCCAAAUAUCUCAGGUGGAACUUUUUCUUGUUGAUAGUUGCUCUUCCAGACGAGGUGAUCUCCACGUAAUGGGCCCUUUAAAAAAAAAAACGUGUACCGGUCACCAAUGACCACCCUGGAAGCCACCGUUGGAUACAGGAAGCCAAGAGUGGCCUAUCAUUUUAUAAGGAGGCGUUGAUGUCACAGAGGGGGUGGUGCUUAUGGAAUUUUCAGUGCUGUGAUGUUUGGGACUUAAAGUGGAUCUGUCGGCCAUUGUAAAAGUUCAAAAGUAACAUUUCUACGUGAAAGCAAACAGCACGAGGGACCUUUAAUUACAGUAGAACCUCGGAUUGUGAGUAACGCGGUUAACAAGCGUUUCGCAAUACGAGCGCUGUCUCGAGCAGGAUUCAAGCCUCCCGAAGUCAGGGAUCCUGCCCUCCCGAAGUCAGGGAUCCUGCCCUCCCGAAGUCAGGGAUCCUGCCCUCCCAAGUCAGGGAGCCUGCCCUCCCGAAGUCUGGGAUCCUGCCCUCCCGAAGCCAGGGAGCCUGCCCUCCCAAGUCAGGGAGCCUGCCCUCCCGAAGCCAGGGAGCCUGCCCUCCCGAGUCAGGGAGCCUGCCCUCCCAAGUCAGGGAGCCUGCCCUCCCGAAGCCAGGGAGCCUGCCCUCCCAAGUCAGGGAGCCUGCCCUCCUGAAGCCAGGGAGCCUGCCCUCCCGAAGCCAGGGAGCCUGCCCUCCCAAGUCAGGGAGCCUGCCCUCCCGAAGUCUGGGAGCCUGCCCUCCCGUAGCCAGGGAACCUGCCCUCCCAAGUCAGGGUGCCUGCCCUCCCGAAGUCUGGGAUCCUGCCCUCCCGAAGUCCGGGAUCCUGCCCUCCCGAAGUCAGGGAACCUGCCC